GUGCUUAGGAAUUGUCAUUGACUUUUAACCCACCUCACCUGCUGAGCAGCUUUCUGUGUUUCCAUUAGUAUUUCAGGCACCGAAUCUCAUUUUCAAAGUUAUGAUCAGGAUUUUAAUUGGUGGUUCUCACUAUUCACCCUUUAGUUUAGUAAUAUUUAAAUUUUUAUUUUGUUGCAUUUAAAAAAGAAUCAUAAAGAAAGAAAAAUAAUUAGGGAGAGAAAAUAAUUUCUUUAGAGGGAAAAUGGAGGAUUCCUUAGACUGAAAGCUGGUCAGUUAAUGGGAAUUGUGACUUAUGCAGAGGAUCUAAUAACUAGCCUGCCACUGAAAACAUUCAGUAAAGGAGUGAAUCUUCCUUGCCCCAUCAAGAGUCGCUUUUCAGCUGGAAGAAGGGUGUGUCCCCAAGUUUUUACCUGGGAGCAAUGAUGAUCUUGUCAAGCAUUUCAGUGAGACCAGCCCAAGUUUUUAGGGUGGGGAUCCAGACUGGUUAUACGUACCUUCAGUCCUUCUCCCAGAGGAAGGCAGAAACACCUCAAAGCCUGCAUGUAAGAACAUCUACUGAGAAAUUGUUUUAAUCAGACACCAGCUGAGUGGGAGAAAGAAAAAGAACAGAGAAGAACAAACAAAACUCCCUUGGUCUUGGAUGUAAGAGAAUCCAGCAGAGAUGGACUGGAGUUUCUUCAGAGUAGUUGCAGUGCUGUUCAUUUUUCUGGUGGUGGUAGAAGUUAACAGUGAAUUCCGAAUCCAGGUAAGAGAUUAUAACACUAAAAAUGGCACCAUCAAAUGGCAUUCAAUCCGAAGGCAGAAACGUGAAUGGAUCAAGUUCGCAGCAGCCUGUCGUGAAGGUGAAGACAACUCAAAGAGGAACCCAAUCGCCAAAAUUCACUCAGAUUGUGCUGCAAACCAGCAAGUUACAUACCGCAUCUCUGGAGUAGGAAUUGAUCAGCCACCAUAUGGGAUCUUUGUCAUUAAUCAGAAAACUGGUGAAAUUAAUAUAACAUCCAUAGUUGAUCGAGAGGUCACUCCUUUCUUCAUUAUCUACUGCCGAGCUCUGAACUCAAUGGGCCAAGAUUUAGAGAGGCCUCUAGAGCUCAGAGUCAGGGUUUUGGAUAUAAAUGACAACCCUCCAGUGUUUUCAAUGGCUACAUUUGCAGGACAAAUAGAAGAAAAUUCUAAUGCAAAUACACUGGUGAUGAUACUCAAUGCUACUGACGCAGAUGAACCAAACAAUUUGAACUCAAAAAUAGCCUUCAAGAUUAUAAGACAAGAACCUUCAGAUUCACCAAUGUUUAUUAUCAACAGAAAUACUGGAGAAAUUCGAACGAUGAAUAAUUUUCUGGACAGAGAGCAAUACGGCCAGUAUGCUCUUGCUGUAAGAGGCUCUGACCGAGAUGGCGGGGCAGAUGGCAUGUCAGCGGAAUGUGAGUGCAACAUUAAAAUCCUCGAUGUCAAUGAUAAUAUCCCUUACAUGGAACAGUCUUCAUAUACCAUAGAAAUUCAAGAAAAUACUCUAAAUUCAAAUUUGCUCGAGAUUAGAGUAAUUGAUUUGGAUGAAGAGUUCUCAGCUAACUGGAUGGCAGUAAUUUUCUUUAUCUCUGGAAAUGAAGGAAAUUGGUUUGAGAUAGAAAUGAAUGAAAGAACAAAUGUGGGAAUUUUAAAGGUUGUUAAGCCCUUAGAUUAUGAAGCUAUGCAGAGUCUGCAACUCAGUAUUGGUGUCAGAAAUAAAGCUGAAUUUCAUCAUUCAAUUAUGUCUCAAUAUAAACUGACAGCAUCUGCAAUUUCUGUGACUGUGUUAAAUGUAAUUGAAGGCCCAGUGUUUCGUCCAGGUUCUAAGACAUAUGUUGUAACUGGUAAUAUGGGAUCAAAUGAUAAAGUGGGAGACUUUGUAGCUACUGACCUGGACACAGGUAGACCUUCAACGACUGUUAGGUAUGUAAUGGGAAAUAAUCCAGCUGACCUGCUAGCUGUUGAUUCAAGAACAGGCAAACUCACUUUGAAAAAUAAAGUUACCAAGGAACAGUACAAUAUGCUCGGAGGAAAAUACCAAGGAACGAUUCUCUCUAUAGAUGAUAAUCUUCAAAGAACUUGCACUGGUACAAUUAAUAUUAACAUUCAAAGUUUUGGUAAUGACGACAGGACUAAUACAGAGCCGAACACUAAAAUUACUACCAAUACUGGCAGACAAGAAAGUACUUCUUCCACUAACUAUGAUACCAGCACAAUUUCUACUGACUCUAGCCAAGUACUUUCUUCUAAACCCGGACACGGAACCAAUGAUUUAUUCUUAUCAGACAAUGUACAUUUUGGUCCUGCUGGCAUUGGACUCCUCAUCAUGGGAUUCUUGGUCUUAGGAUUGGUCCCAUUUUUGAUGAUCUGUUGUGAUUGUGGAGGUGCUCCUCGUAGUGCAGCUGGCUUUGAGCCUGUUCCCGAAUGUUCAGAUGGAGCAAUUCAUUCAUGGGCAGUAGAAGGACCACAGCCUGAACCCAGGGAUAUAACCACUGUCAUACCACAAAUACCACCUGAUAAUGCAAAUAUAAUUGAAUGCAUUGACAACUCAGGAGUUUAUACAAAUGAGUAUGGUGGCAGAGAAAUGCAAGAUCUGAGAGGAGGAGAGAGAAUGACAGGAUUUGAACUAACAGAGGGAGUUAAAACUUCAGGAGUGCCUGAGAUAUGUCAAGAAUACUCUGGAACAUUAAGAAGAAAUUCUAUGAGGGAAUGUAGAGAAGGAGGUCUGAAUAUGAAUUUCAUGGAAAGCUACUUCUGUCAGAAAGCAUAUGCUUAUGCAGAUGAAGAUGAAGGACGCCCAUCUAAUGACUGUUUGCUCAUAUAUGACAUCGAAGGUGUAGGUUCCCCUGCUGGCUCUGUGGGUUGUUGUAGCUUCAUUGGAGAAGACCUGGAUGACAGCUUCUUGGAUACCCUGGGACCUAAAUUUAAGAAGUUGGCAGACAUCAGCUUAGGAAAAGAAUCAUAUCCAGACCUUGAUCCUUCUUGGCCACCGCAAAGCACUGAACCAGUUUGCCUUCCUCAGGAAACAGAGCCCAUUGUUAGUGGACACCCACCAAUCUCCCCACAUUUCGGCACUACCACAGUAAUUUCUGAGAGCACCUAUCCCUCAGGACCUGGUGUACAGCAUGCUAAGCCUAUUCUCGAUCCUCUGGGCUAUGGUAAUGUCACUGUGACCGAGUCUUACACCACUUCUGACACUCUGAAGCCCUCUGUGCACAUUCACGAUAACCGACCAGCAUCAAACGUAGUGGUGACAGAGAGAGUGGUCGGCCCAAUCUCUGGCGCUGAUUUGCAUGGAAUGUUAGAGAUGCCUGACUUGCGAGAUGGGUCGAAUGUUAUAGUGACAGAAAGGGUAAUAGCACCAAGCUCUAGUCUACCCACCUCUCUGACUAUCCAUCAUCCUAGAGAGUCUUCAAAUGUGGUAGUGACAGAAAGAGUAAUCCAACCAACUUCCGGCAUGAUAGGUAGUCUGAGUAUGCACCCCGAGUUAGCCAAUGCCCACAAUGUCAUUGUGACAGAGAGGGUUGUUUCUGGUGCUGGCGUAACUGGAAUUAGUGGCACCACUGGGAUCAGCGGUGGCAUAGGCAGCAGUGGCCUGGUUGGCACCAGCAUGGGUGCUGGGGGCGGUGCCCUGAGUGGAGCUGGCAUAAGUGGUGGUGGCAUUGGCCUGAGCAGCUUGGGAGGGACAGCCAGCAUUGGCCACAUGAGGAGUUCCUCUGACCAUCACUUUAACCAAACCAUUGGGUCCGCCUCCCCUAGCACAGCUCGAAGUCGAAUCACAAAGUAUAGUACCGUGCAAUAUAGCAAGUAGUCAGGACCCCAGCUCACUUUUUCAUAGUCAUUGUGGUUUAGAUCCAAUUCCCACCACUAAAAAACUAACAAUGUGAUUUAUAACGCACAACUUCGUGCUCAGGUCAUCUAGGAGCAAGGUGAGAAAUCACAAUGAGAAAAAUAAAUGGAAACACCGCUGCUAAGGGAGAGCUCUCCUUAGCGUUCAUAAACUUUUCUCUUAUAUUAGGACUAAGGAACUAAAACUUGAGGCAGAGUCUUCUUUGUGCCUGAGUGGCCUGUAGUCUAUCUCCAGCAUGUAACUGGCCUUACGACGGCAAUUGGCAUAAUUCUCCUUGCUCUGUUUUGCUUUUCCAUAUAGCUCGAGCAAAAUUCAAAAAGAACUAAAUAUGCAAUAUAUGUUCAUGUCUAUGGGAAAAAUCUAAAAUGUGUGCCAGAUGCCCUGUCGGUUUCACAGAUAACAUAAAUAAAAAUUCAACCACAGAUUUACACAAGGGUUAACCAUUUUUUUUAAGUUUGACUACAUAGUCAAGUCCACAAGCCAUCAAGCACUCCUACCUUAAUUAUUGCACUAGAGAAAAUAAAUUCCAAAUUAGGAAGUGUUUCCUAGGAGGAAAAUUCCAUUAGAGAGUGGCAAUAGGAUGAGGUUUCUUCAGGGUAAACUAGCAAUGCCUGAGCCUGAACCUUAAUUUGGGGCCUCAGUUAAAUCUCCUGUGGAGUCAAGGAUUCUUCUGAUUCUAGUUUGUGUUUAGUGAUAGAUGUAGUCUUGACGAAUAUUGCUUACUGGUGAGGCUGAGGAAUAUUACACUCAUCUUUCCCUUUACCACUGUGGUUUUGACUUAAGAAAGCAAAACUCGCAAAGUUUACUUCUCGAAUUGAAGCAAGUGAGGCCUGACAUGGUUGUCAUCACUAGUGGCAAAUGACCUUCCAAGUAAGCAGAUGGGAACUGAAUUGUGUUUUCAGGUUUUGUUUUUAGUAUGUGAUAUUCAUUCGUAUCCAGCUCUUUAUUACAUAGCUCUGAAGUUAAAAUGAUUCACAUAGGCCGAGCUGCGGACAAAAAAAAAAAAAGCAGCAGCAGCUUGUAGUAUGCUUAAGCUUUGGGGAAUUUUUUUGUAAGGGGAUCUAAAAAAAUGUUUUUAGAACAUGUAAAAUGUUUAAUGGUGAAAGUUGGAAAAGAAUUCUUCUGUAAAGUAAUACCAUGCUAAUUAUUCGCUUUUAGUAAGUAAAGUAGUGGUUGCUUUAGCAAACCUCUGCUGCCAUUUUGCAGGAAUCAACCAGGAACCUUUAGCAGAAUUGACAAUAUGGUGUUGAUUAGCAUGAAAUAAUAAUAGAAACCUAUUCUGCUAGUUUAUCUCACCCCCUAAUUUUUCUCACUAGCAUAAAUUUUACAUUCCUGAUUUGAUUUGUCAAUAAGAUCUUGGCUUAUAUAUGCUGAUUUAUAGGUAGUGUCCAAAUUAUACAGUAUAUUUUUCUAGCUUCAAAAUUUAGUAAUGUCCUAUUUAUGAUAUACCAUUUCUGUGUGUUUGCUAUGUAGUAUUACCCAAUUAAAAAUCUCUAAAAAGAAUUAAAGCAUUCUAAGAAAAAGGUAAAUUUACUAUUGCAUGGUACAGAAUUUUUUUCUUUCUUAAAUACAAUGUUACUAUAAGCUCACUAAAAUGAAACUCAAUGUGACAAAAUAAAAUUAGAAAAAAAAUUGCCCUGGAGUUGUGAAUUAUAUACAACUUUUAAAGAAUUUACCCCAAUUACUCAAAUUUCCCAGGAAAUUACAAAGCCAAAGAAUAUUCGACUCCCUCCACUGGUCAAAAGGGGAUAGGAGUGAAUUAUUUAACCUAGAGCUAUUUUGCUCUGUAACAACAGAUAAGGCUAAUAUUUUAAAAGCCACAGUAUACAUCUCCUUUUAACUCUGUAGAAUAUGUAAAAUUUUGAUAGUCUGUAGUAUGCUAAAUGCAGAAGUAUAAAUAAAGUCAUUCAAAGGGAGUCUUUUCUUUUUCUGCCACUUAGGGGGCUACAUUAAGGAUGGGUAAUCUUUCCAGGAAUAAAGUCAAAAGGUAUUUAUUAAAACAUACUUGAGUAUGCCUGGGUCCAGGAGUUUGAAGGAAUAGAAAUAAGUAUUAAUGAAUUAAUUAAGUAAUUUAUUAAAGGGAAUGGUAGCUGACCACAGGAAACUUGCUUGCUGUUUUGAUAUGAAAUCAUCACAAGCUUUCCUUAAGACAUCUGAUAUCUUCCAGAGAUAUUUUUUAGGUUGUCUUGCAAACAACAAAAUCACUGUCUUUAAUAACUGUUGCUGUUAAAAUCCAUUGGUUGUUAAGAUCCACCCAAUUUAGUUACAUCUGAACUCCUAAACACUGUUAAACGAUGGGAAAAACAAGAAAAAACAUGGCCAUAUGAGUCAUCGAGUCAUCUAUCUUUCUAGGAAGAUACUUUCUAACCAAACUUUUCUUCCAGGAUUGCAAAUUGAUGGGAAAAACAAGAAAAACUGAAGUAAUAGUCAUCUAUCUUUCUGGGAAGAUACUUUCCAACUAAUUUUUUCUUCCAGGAUUGCACAUUGAUUUUCCAUUUAGUCCUACAUUUUAAAAUUCCCUUUUCAAGACAUCAACGAUUUUAGUAGUUAUUUAAAGGCAUGUCAUUUUUCAAUGAAGAAGUUUUGGACAGAACUUCAUUCUUCUUCUUAGAUGUUUACUCUAGAUCAUAUACAUCAUGUCAUAGACCAAGAAGAGAUAUGGAAAUCAUUUUAUAAGUGAAUACUAUAAUUAGGAUUCAAGCUGAGUUUCAGAUCAACUUGCUCUUAACAAAAGGAAAAAGAAAGAGAUAGUAAUUUAAUACUAUGUAUGUAUGGUUUGAAAACAAACCAUAAUGUUUAUAAAAUAUCUAUCUCACUGUCUAAAGAGGAAAUCUUUAGGGGCAAAAAUCAGUGUAUUAUAAAUACUUUAUCAUUAAAUAUCAACCAAAAUACCAUCUCAAGCUAAUUUUGACACUGAAUUACAGAUAUAUCUGCUACAUAUUAUUUACUUCUAAGCACGUUGCCUGAUGUAAUUGCAUUUGCACUGAAAAAUUAAAAGAAAAAGUACAUAUUUAGGGUUAUUUAUAUACCUUCAUCUAGACAUCUGUUCUACAUUUGUGUAUAAAGUUUUUAGCAUCAUAAUUUUUAUUCAAGAAAAUGUUCUGACAAAAUUUUAAUUAUAUGUCUUCAAAAAUUACAUUUUUUACUCUAGUAAGUAGAUGUUUUUAGUUAUCUGGCAAUUUGUUUCUGAAUUUAUAUCAAUGUUUGAUUGUCAUGGUACAAAAUAUAUGACACCCUUUGACUUUUGCUGGAGUUGAAAGGCGUUAUAAUCUUUAGCAUAAAUGGCCAUGACUAUUUUGGAAAGACAUUUAAGACCCAAAGCAAACUUUUAAAAGUAUUUGCCACAUUUUCCCAUGCCUAUUUCAUAAAUUCCAACUUUUUUUUUUUUUUACAAUUUCUGGAUUUUUAAGACCCAUUUCACAUUGCACUAGGAUACAGCAGUCCACAGCAGAGCGCUACUCUCCUUGAAAUCAAAUCUGUCUUCCACUUCCAGAUUAUUCAAUUUAUGUUAGGAUAAAUCUUGACUAGAUCAACCUAUUAUCCAUCAGAUAAUUUUAAAACAAUGUGUAAUCUUGUUUGUCUACAUUCUCUCCCCAGUUUAGCUGUAUUUGAAUUACUAAAUGCUUUAUCGUCAAACUGUACCUAGUCUAACUUAUUUUUCUUUUGCUGUCAUUUUACAAGCAUUUUAAAAUUCUAAUAUUCAUCUCUGGUGGUGUUUAACACAAAGUUCUCUUAUUCAAGUUUCAAUAUAAAAGUUUUUGGAUUAUUUGGGUGCUAGUUUCUUGCUUGGUUAUCUGUUGGUUUUUUUAAGUUGAUUUGUAAUUUCCAAAGAGUUAUGCAUACAGCAAUAAAAUUAUUAAUAUGCCUCC